AUGGCUCCAUUGGCCGGGUUUUUCACCAGUGGAAGUACCGAAAAGACGAGCGAAUCAAAACGAACUUGCCCAAUCCAAGUCCUAAAGCCUGAACAGUCCGAUUCCGGCGUUUUGUUGAGUAGAAAGGUAAGUUUGAAAAGCUCAAGUUUUUUAAGGAUAUAUAUUUUAGAUUGUCAAUCACUUGGACCGCAGCAACUUGCAAUUACGGCUCUAUCAAUAUGAAACUUGCCCGUUUUGCUGCAAGGUUUUUCAUUUUUAUUUUUUUGAAAAGUAAGAAUAAAUUUUAAGGUUCGAGCUUUUUUGGACUACUAUGGUUUCUCCUAUGAUGUUGUUGAAGUGAAUCCGGUGACGAGGACUCAAAUCAAGUUCAGCAAAGAUUACAAGAAAGUUGGAACUUUUAAGAAUGAGGAAAAACGAAAUAAACGAACUUUUUUAGGUGCCUAUAUUAACAUGCAAGGAUCGGGUAAUAAGCGAAUCUUCUUUGAUAGUUUCUCAGGUAAGAAACAGGGGUUUUACGAGUUUUUUUAAAAAUAAAACACUGCUUUUUUUCAAAAAGAUUCCUAAAUUUUUUUGAUUUCAAAAAUUUUUUUCUUCGACUUUUUUUAGUACUAAAAAAAUUUUUUUUUGAUCAAUUUAAAAAUAAAUUUUUUUGAUAAAUGAAGCUUCAGAACUCAAUUUUUUUCAUUGAUUUUUCUUCUUUUUAUUUCUUUUUUUAUGUAUAGUCCUUCACUUUAGUUUCUUAAAAAAAUCAAGCCUAAAAAUAUUUUUGGUUCAGAACUUUCACUGCUCUUUUUAUAAGCGCAGGAAUUUAUUAUUUUCUAAAAAUAUCCCUUCGAAGAGCUAUUCUUCUCGAGACCCGCAUUAAAUCCGCCCAUGCGCCUUUAAUAAGCACAUGACAUAUUUUUCAAACUUUCCACGCUUUUUUCUAAACUUCUAGCUUCAAAAUAAAAUUUUAUCUGGUCAAAAUGAGGUGAUUAGUUCAUUUCCAUGCAAAAUUUCAGCAGAAAACGCAAGUUUCAUUCAAUUUUUUUUUCAAUAAAACUGAAAUUUUCUUCUAUUUUUUUUCCAGUUGGCAACGUAUUUACAUCGACCAGACCGUUCUCUCGAAGAAAUCCUCGAAAUGUAUCCAACUGUCGAAUCAACGGAUGAGAAGGGCAAAAAGGUGAAAAAUAUAUAUACAGAAAUCGUUUUUGAUUUUUUUCAAGGAUUUCUAUAAUUCUUGAGCUUCAAAUUCAUUAUGGAACAUUUAUAAUUUUUUUCUAAAAAGUUAAUUUUACGAAUUUUAACCUAUUUGAAUUUAAAAAUAUGUUCUUUUUUUCAGAUCACGACUCACCCCAACAAGUACUUUGUCAUGUUGGAAAAAGGUCGGGACCAGCAGCGAAAUGGCCUUGAUGAAGUAAUAAUAAUGAAAAAAAUUCCUUGAGAUUUUUUUAAAGACGCAUAGGAGGAUUUUUUUAAAAAAAUUCUCGAGAAGAACGGUCAUUUUUAAGGUUUCUUUAGGUUAUUUAGGGGUUUCAUGCCUUUUUAAAAAUUAAAAGCAAGGUUUUUUUGAACCGUCAUUCAUUUAAAAACAAAAUUAAAAAGAGAUUCUCGCUCAGGUUUUUUUAAAGGUGCAUAGGCAGAUUUUUUUAAACGGUCUCGAGCGGAAGAGCCGCUUCAUAAGGUUAUUUCAGUUUAUUGAAUUCUUUCACGUGAUUAAAAAAACUGCAGCAAAGAAUUUUUUUGAAUAAUUAUUCAAUCCAACAUUAAUUUUAAAAAAUCUUUGAUUUUUUUAAAGGCGUAUGGAUUUAAUUUUUCGAAAAAAAUUCUCGAAAAAAAUUUUUCGAAAAAAAUUCUUGAUGAAAUUUUUUUAAAGGCACAUGGGAGUUUUUUUAGAAGGGUCUCCAGACGAAGAGUCGUUUUUUUCUUGGGUGAUUUUAGUUCAUUCAAGACUUUCAUACCUUUAAAAAAACUACAGAAAGGGUUUUUCAAACAAAUAUUUCCACAAAAAAACGAAUAAGGCUUUGAAGGCGCAUAGGCGAAAUUUUUUUGAAAAAGGUCUCGAAGCGAAGAGCCGUUUUUUUAAUGGUUUACUGCGCCUUUAAACACUACAGAAAAGUUGAAAAGAAUUUUUUAUGUUCAAAUUUUUUUUUGAGGGAAGAAAGAGAAUGGAGGGAAUGGGUGGAUUCCUGGUUCAUCCAUCUGAUUUCCCCCAACGUCUACCGUACGUGGGACGAGUCUUUGGAGACUUUCCGUUGGUUUGAAAAAGGUCAAUAAUGCGUUUUUUUCGUUAGAAAUAUAAGAUGGGUUGACCAAACAAAUUUUCAAAAUUAAAAAAAAUCGCAAAACUUUUUCAAAUUUCUCAUAAAAAAAUUGAACAAAAAUCCGUCAUUUUUUUCACCAUUUUUUUAAUCGACUUUUUUUCGCCAAUAAAGGCUCAAACAGCUCAAAAAGAAAGCAGGAAAAAGUUAUUUUCGAGACAAAAAAAUUGAGAAGUAUGGCAAAAAUUCAUGAGAAAUAUCAACUAGAAAAAAAGUAAAAAAACCCAAAAAAAUUUGAUUAUUUCGGAUGAAAAAUUGAACAAAUACGAACAUUUUUUUCUGUAAUUUUAAAGGUUAUUUUGCCAAGAAAAAGGCCCAAAAAGCUAAAAAAGAGAGCAGAAAAAGGUUAUUUUUUUGCACAGAAAUUAUAAAAAUUUCAAUGGAAAAAGUGAACUAAAUCGAUCAUUUUUCUCCAUUUUUGAGAACUUUUUUUUUCCUAUUAAAGCCUCAAAAGCUCAGAAAAAGAGCAGGAAAAGAUAUAUUUCACACAAAAAUUUAACAGUUCGACGAAAAUCCAUGAGAAAACAUCAAUUAGCAAAAUUAAAAACACAUAAAUUUUGAAAGGUGAACGAAAUGGAUCAUUUUUCUCCAUUUUCGAUCGAUAAUUUUGUCAAUAAAGGCCUUAAAAGCUUCAAAAAAAAGCAGGAAUAGUUAUUUUCCACAAAAAUUGAACAGUUUGGCAAAAUUUCAUAUGGAAACAUCAACAGGUAGCAGAAUGGGACCGGAAUUUCCCGGCCUGGGAACGAAUCUUGGCUGUUUACGUGGGCGCCCUGGCCAUGUUCGGCCUCUCGAAAAGGCUCAAAAAGCGGUAAAAACGUUGUACUUUUCAACAAGUUGUCUCUUUUGCAGUCAUGGGAUCGAAGAUGAGCGGAAAGCUCUGGAGGAGGCCUGCGAGAAAUGGAUGCAGGCCAUUGGACCAAGUCGCCGUUUCAUGGGCGGCGCAAAACCAAAUUUGGCCGAUUUGGUUCGUUUUUAUGAUGACCAAAAAAAAUUGAACUUUCCAAAGAAAUUUCGCUUUUUUCAAAGAUUUGCUGCAAAAUUUGGACAGUUAGGGCCCUUUUCAUGACGUUUUAAAGGUCUUUUUUAACGGUUUUCAAAUUUUAAUCGUUGCUUUUUUCACAGUUAUUUUUGAAAAUUCGGAUAGGUGUGACCCUAUUUAUGAUUUUUUUAAAAAGGUCUUUUUUUGACAGUUUUUUUGAGAUUUUAACGGUCCAAAAAAAUUCUUGGAAAUAAGUUUAAAAUACGAAAAUCUGAGCAUUUACAACUUCACUGUUUCAAGGGAGGCUAAUAAGCAAAGUUGGCCGAUUUGGUUCGUUUUUAUAAGGACAAUAGCAAGAAAAAUUAAACUUUCCAGUGAAAUUUCGCUUUUUUCAAAAAUAUACUAUGAAAUUGGGAUAGUUAGGACCCUUUUUUUAUUGUUAUUAAAAGGUCUUUUUUAGUUUUAAAUGAUCCAAAAACACUCAAAAAUCAGUUUGAAUUACGAAAAUCGGAGCAUUUUCAAUUUCACUGUUUCAAGGGAGGCUAAUAAGCCAAUUUGGCCGAUUUGGUUCGUUCUCAUGAUGGUCUGAUGAUGGAAAAAUUAAACUUUCCAGUGAAAUUUUGCUUUUUUCAAAGAUAUACCAUGAAAUUGGGAUAGUUAGGACCCUUUUCAUGAUUUUUUGAAGGUAUUUUUCGACACUUUUCAAUUUUCAAAAUACAGAUUUCUUCAAGAAAAGCUUGAAUUUUCAUUACUUUUGGACUUUUUUUUGGCACUCCGGAAAAUUCGAACACUUUUCAAAGAUUUGCUGGAAAAAUCGGACAUUUCCGACCAUUUUUAUGAUUUUUAAAAGGGCUUAUUCGACAGUUUUUUGAUUUUCUAACGGUCCGAAAAUUCUUGGAAAUCAGCUUGAAUUUGAAAAUCUGAUCAUUGAUCAAGUCCCCUUUUCAAGAGUGCCUAAUAAGUCGAUUUGGCUGAUUUCGUUUGUUUAAAAAGAGGUGUUGACAUGAAAAAUGAAACAAAAACAAGCUUUUCAGUGGAAUUUCGCUUUUUUCAUAGAUUUGAAUUUGGACAGUUAGGGCCCUUUUCAUGAUUUUUUAAAGGUCUUUUUCAAUGGUUUUUCGAAUUUAAAUCGUUUUUUUGAUUUUAAAAAAGUCUUAUUUGACAGUUUUUUGAUUUUCUAACGGUCCGAACGUUCUUGAAAAUCAGCUUGAAUUUGAAAAUCUGAUCAUUGAUCAAAUCCCCGUUUCAAAAGAGGCUGAGGCUAAUAAGUCAAUUUGAAUGAUUUGAUUCGUUUUGAAAGCAGUAAUUUCACGAAAAAUGGAACAAUAAAAGAAUUUUCGGUGAAAUUUUGCUUUUUUCAAAGUUUUGCUGAGAAAUUUGGACAGUUAGGGCCCUUUUUAUGAUUUUUGAAAGGUCUUUUUUGACAUUUUUAAAGAUUUCAACAGUCGAAAGAUACCGAUUUUUUUGAAGAAAAAGCUUGAUUUUUUUCGUCUUUUUAUACUUUUUUUGGCGCUCUGAAAGGAUUCGGACGGUUCAGGACUUUUUUUCUAAAUGCUAUUUUUUUACAAUUUUUUUGAGGUAAUAAUAAUUUUUUUUUUUCGGUAGUUUAUCCGAUUUUAACGCUUAAAUCUUACCUAAAACAUUCAAAAUUAGCGUGAUUUGAAAAAUCAAUUCAUUAAUCAAGUCCCAGUUUCAAGGGAGGCUAAUAAGUCUAUUUGGCUGAUUUGAUUCGAUGGUGAGAUCGUCUCAUAUAAAAAAACUUAUUAAAAAAAGAUAAAAAAAUAAAAAAAGAUAACCUUUUUUUGAUAUUCUCCGAAAUUCGGACAGCUUUUUACCCUUUUUUUAUAAUUUUUCUUAAAGGUUUUUUUGACAUUAUAAAAUUUGACCCUUGAAAUUUCUGAAAAAAAUUCACUUUUUUUCGAUUUUCCUGUUUUUCGUCGUAAAAUGACCUCAAAAUAAAUUUCAAUUCACGAGAAAAAAAUUAUUUUGAACUCAAUUUUAGCCCUUGAACCGCGAAAUCUUCUCAUUUCUACCACUAAAUUUAUUUUUUCCUUCUUUCUUUUUCAAAAUUUCUCAAAAAAAUUCACAAUCCAGGUAUAUAGGAAUUUUAAGAAAUAGCCUGUAUUGAUUUAAAAAUCAGAAAUAAAAAAUGGAUUGAAAAAAAAAUCAAUACUAAAAAGCGUCCGAAGUGAUCGAGUUUUAAAGAAUAAGAGUGAAAAAAUGAAAAAAAUGAACCUUUUCUGAUGAAAUGACAAUUUUCCUUCCUCCUUGUGCUCUUCGUAUCAUCUUCGAGCUUGAAUCCCCAGCGAUUAUCCGUAGGGCGCACUUUCCCAGAAGAGAUUAGGCCAUUUUUUCGAUUAUCUGAAAGGAAAAGCUCUCAUUUUUGAACUUAUAGUUUCAAUAACGUGGUCGAGCAAAAAACAGGCGUUUAAUAAUCUGAGAUUAUCUUUAGAGCGCACUUUCAUCAGAAAAGGGGCCUUUCAAAAAAUAUUGAAACAAAAUUGUCAAUAGAGCUUAGAUUUAGUAGGAAAUGAUUUUUUUAAAACUGGUUCCAAAGUUUUUUUAACUUACCGUUUCAAUAAUGUUGAUGGAGCGGUUUGAGAAAAAAACAGGCUUUUCUGAGAUUGUCCUUAGAGCGCACUUCUAUCAAAAAAAAGAGCCUUUUCAAAUGAUUAAAAUGAAGUUAUCAAUAGGGCAUAGAUCUACUGGGAAAGACCUUUUUUUGAAAACUGGUCCUAAACUUUAUUUUGAACUUAUAGUUUCAUUAACGGCUUGGACCUUGGUAACGCGAAUCGGACGUGUCGGGGCAUUUCUAGUGACCACUUUAGUAGCCUCAACACUCUCAAGUGGUCCCUAGAAUCGGUCAGAAACGUCAGGAGCACGUCCGUUUCGCGUUACCAAUGUCCGAGGGUGAUGGAGCGGAUCAGGAUGUUAAUAAUCUGAUAUUAUCCUUAGAGCGCACUUCCAUCAGAGAAAGAGCCUUUUCGAAAUUAUCAAUAGAGCAUAGAUCAAUUGAAUAAUGAACUUUUCUUUCCAAAAAGUAGUUUCCAAAAAAAAUUUUUUAACGGUUUAUGAAGCACUUGUAACGUCUGAAUGUGUGCCUUCAACGUGUAUCGGAUUCUGGGGCAAAACCGGGCUUACCAGACAACGCUAAAGUGGCCACUAAACCUCUAUAGUGGUCACUAUUUUCCGUUUUAGGGGCCACUAUAGAGGUUCUCUAUUUAGUGGCCACUUCAGUAGUUUUUUAUCCAUUUUUCCUUCCAGUAACUCUGAUAAUUUCAAAACAAAUAGAUUGGACCAGUUAUGUUGAUCCACGGACCCCUAAGUGGCCACUUAGUGGUCUAGUAGUAGCGCUUAGACCUCUAUAGUGGCCACUAAUUUUCAAUCCCCUAAGUGGCCACUAAUUUGACGACUAUAGUGGCCACUAAAACGUCAAAACCUUAUAGGGGCCACUAAAAAUUUUCACAGCGAUUUUUAUUCCGUAGUGCCUUGUACUAAGCCAGAGUGAGGUGGAAAUCAAUAAAAACAAAUAUUUCAUCAAUUUUAAAGCUUAGUUAUACUUUUUUCAAGAUAAAUAAUAAAUUUCUCAAUUUUAGGCCCUAUUCGGUGCCAUGAACUCCUUCUACGGCUGUCGGGCGUUCAAGGAAGUCAUUUUGAAGGGGAAAAUCGCGGUUUGGUGGUCGGAUAUGAAGUCCGCCGUGGAGAAUCACGAAGGAAGAACGAUUCUGGAAGCUCGUUCUAAAGGAAAAUGA